CUAAAGUGAGAAUUCAGUGGCUUUUGAUGGAAAUAAAACAACUAACAUUAUGCAGUGGAAUUAGAGACAGUGACUUAGUAAAGAGCAUUACAACAUUGAAAAAGGUUUUGUAUUUUCUAUGGAUUAUGGCACAGCCAAUAGGAAUGCGGAAAAUACUUCCUGCAUCAGAAGCUGUGAUUGUGAAAUUUUGCUAGCAGAUACAAUUGGAGAAGUGUGUUGUAAGUAUUGUAAGCAAGCUGGUGUAAAGUUGGAAAGAAAGGCAAAAUCAACUGAUAUAACUGUUGAAAAAGAACUGCACCGCAACACCCCACUCAGUACAGUUUCCAAAGAUAAGAUAAUUAAAGAGGUAAAAAACACCCGAAAGAAAGAAAAACAAUUAAGGAAAAUGGUGAACAAUUUAGACGAAGAGAUUCAGCAAAAAGGAACUUGUCUGAAUGAUGGACUACACAAUGACUUUUCAAGAAUCAUAUCUGGCAUUGAAAAAGAACUGCCAGACGAUAGUUUUGAAAAGCUGUUUUGGCAGGAACAGAAAAAGUCUUUUCAGAAAAAUCCUAAGGCAGUGAGAUGGCAUCCAAUGAUGAUAAGGUUUGCUUUGCAUAUACAUCUUAGAUCCCCUUCAGCUUACAAAGCCUUAAGAGAAAGCAAUGUCGUUAAAUUGCCUUGUGAACGAACACUAAGGGAUUACACAAACACUGUUCACCCAAGUACUGGCUUUCACAAGGCUGUGUUUGACGAUUUGAAGCAUCAAUUAGAAAAGCUAAAUGACAUCCAAAAAUAUGUUGUUCGUAUGCUUGAUGAGGUAUAAAUAAAGGAUGAUCUUGUAUACGACAAAGUAACUGGGGAGUUAGUUGGCUUUGUAAACAUCGGCAAUGAUGUCGAUGAUUGCCACGUAAUUCGAAAUAAAGAAGAGAGCAUCAAAACAGCAAAUGUUGCUACCCAUGUUCUUGUUUUCAUGGUGACAAGUAUUGCAUUUCGUUUGAAAUUUAGUUUGGGUUACUUUGCAACAACAACAGCUACAGCAGAUCAGUUAUUUCUGCUCAUGUGGAAAGCUGUUGGACUGCUUGAAACAUAUGCUGGCCUCAAAGUUGUUGUGGUUGUGUCUGAUAAAGCUGGCCCAAAUCAGCGACUGUACAGCCUUCAUGAUUCUGGAGAUAAAAUUACUUAUCGAACAAAGGAUGUAUUUGCAACUGAUGAGCAGAGAUAUAUCUACUUUUUUUCUGACCCUCCUCAUCUCAUUAAAACUGCCAGAAACAACUUCGCCAAUUCUGGCUCAGGAUCGAACACAAGAAGAUUAUGGAACAAUGGGGAGCAUUUACUUUGGAAACACAUAGUUGAUCUUUAUGAGGAUGAUCGAAAGAACAUGGUGCGAACAAAGCUAACAAACGAACAUGUUUACCUUACAAGUUACUCAAAGAUGAGAGUUAAUCUCGUCACACAAGUUCUAAGUGAGACAGUCUCAAAUAUAAUGAUGGCUUAUUCCUCUUCUGAAACUCAAGGAACAGCUACUUUCUUGUUAAUGAUGGAUAAGUUUUUUGAUUGA